CGCAACUGCAACUGCAAUCUGCGGAGCGAGGGCUACUUUCUCGACAGGAGAGCAAGGACGAGAAGAAUCGGCGACUGAAAAUGAGCGAGACGAUCGGCGCCGGAAAGGUCGUGUGCGUGACCGGAGCAUCCGGUUACAUCGCCUCAUGGCUCGUCAAGCUCCUCCUGCAGCGUGGCUACACCGUCAAGGCUUCUGUUCGCGAUCCAAAUGAUACAAAAAAGACUGAACAUUUGCUUGCACUUAAUGGAGCGAAGGAGAGACUUCAACUGUUCAAAGCAAACCUGCUUGAAGAGGGUUCAUUUGAUCCUAUUGUUGAGGGUUGUGCAGGAGUUUUUCACACUGCCUCACCCUUUUAUCAUGAUGUCAAGGAUCCGCAGACAGAAUUACUUGAUCCUGCUGUGAAGGGAACUCUUAAUGUUCUGAAGUCAUGUUCCAAGAAACCUUCUGUGCAGCGUGUGGUCUUGACAUCAUCUAUGGCUGCACUUUCGUUGAAUAUAAGACCGCGGGCACCUGAUGUUGUGGUGGAUGAAAGUUGGUUUUCGGAUCCAGACUUGUGCAGACAAACCAACAUGUGGUAUGUGCUCUCCAAGACUUCAGCUGAGGAAGCUGCCUGGAAAUUUGUGGAAGAAAAGGGUAUUGACAUGGUUACAAUCAACCCAGCUAUGGUGAUUGGUCCUCUUUUGCAGCCAGCACUUAACACAAGUGCUGCGGCAAUUGCCAAUAUGAUAAAUGGUGCACCAACUUUUCCAAAUGCAAGUUUUGGAUGGGUCAAUGUCAAAGAUGUUGCAAAUGCUCAUAUACUGGCAUUUGAGGUCCCGUCAGCCAGCGGCAGAUACUGUUUAUUUGAGAGGGUUGCACACUACUCCGAGAUUGUGGGGAUGUUACACGAGCUUUACCCUUCUGUCCAGCUUCCAGAAAAGUGCGCGGACGACAAGCCUUUCGUGCUAGUCUAUCAGGUUUCCAAGGAGAAAGUGAAAAGCUUGGGGAUCGACUACAUUCCUCUGGAGCAGAGUUUGAAGGAAACUGUUGAAAGCAUGAAGGAGAAGGGAUUUAUUAAAUUCUGAUACAAAAUCUGCCAAAGUCAGAAAUGUAAUUGGGAAGCUUUUCACCUACUGGCUGUUUGUUCGCAUGAGGUGUCUGCACAUGGACAUUGGUAUAGGCAGGAACCGUAGAUUUUCCUGCUCCUCUGUACCCAUCUUCGUAAUAAAACAAGAAAUACGGUCGAUGAUGCGUUCUUUCUCAA